AGAGAGAGAGGGAGAAAGAGAGAAAGAGAGAGCGAGCGAGAGCGGCCGCGAGAUAUAACCCGACGAAUAGGGGGAGCAAAGGUAGGGAGCAAGAGAAACGGAUAGACUCCGCGAAAGGGCGAACGAGACUGGUGGGAGGCAACCCCCGCGUAAUAACACACACGUAUACACGACUGAUACAGCAAAGCGGAGACCUCUCGGGGCGAGGAACCUUGCGCGAGAAGCUACUCCGAGGAGUUAUUCGAACCUUGCUGGAGCAGGUGCCAGUCGACGAGCGAACGAGCGUGCAGGUGAUUCUUGCAGGACGACGGUAAUACAUCGGCGGUUACGUGUUCGCGGGGAAAGAGGAAGAAGGAAAGAGAAAGAGGAACGAGAGAGAAACAGGAGAAGUCCCGAGAGAAGUCCCAGAUUCGGAGAGAGACAGAGAGGAAGAAAAGAGAAGGAUUUCGAAGCGAAGAGUGAGGAGCUAUACGUAUUUGCCUGCCUUCCGUGAGACAGCAUCUAUCGAGAUAAGAGGAUGGUACGGAGGUUUUGCAACGGCGCGGUUGCACUUAGCAUCGUCUUGACGGCCUGCGCCGCCUUUCCGCGCGCCGUCAUGGCGAUCGACCUUAGCCGCUUUUAUGGCCACUUCAACUCCAAACGUACGGGAGACGCUUGCCAUCCGUAUGAACCGUUCAAGUGCCCGGGCGACGGUAUCUGCAUCUCGAUACAGUAUCUGUGCGACGGUGCACCGGAUUGCCAGGACGGAUACGACGAGGACUCAAGAUUGUGCACCGCAGCUAAACGACCACCCGUGGAAGAAACUGCGAGCUUCCUGCAAUCUCUGUUAGCCAGCCACGGUCCCAAUUACCUAGAGAAGCUAUUCGGAACUAAGGCACGCGACACGCUGAAGCCUCUCGGUGGCGUGGACAAAGUAGCCAUCGCGCUGUCUGAGUCGCAGACAAUCGAGGACUUUGGCGCGGCGUUGCACCUGUUGCGCGGCGAUCUCGAGCACCUGCGCUCGGUCUUUAUGGCGGUGGAGAACGGCGACUUGGGCAUGUUGAAGUCCAUCGGCAUCAAGGACUCCGAGUUAGGCGACGUCAAAUUCUUCCUCGAGAAGCUCGUCAAGACGGGCUUCCUCGACUGAACAGAGAUGCCUGCUGAAUUGUCGUCGCCGCCGUUGCCGCUGUCGCUGCCAACGGCGACGAGCUAUGUUGGCGACGCAUUAUCGUCGCAUCAGCCCCUUUGUUUGAUGCAGCCUAAGUCGUCCUUUCCGCAAGUUCCUCCACUCUCUCCUCCUCCCUGCGCGUCCUCACGAUUCGUCGCGGUCUUCUUACGGGCCGCGCGAUGUAGUCUCUCUCCAUUUUCCCUUCUCCUACCUUUCCUGAACUUUCUACUUUUGCUUCUCGCAACGAACGUCGCGAGCACCGAGAUAUGUCGAGAUUCGCAUGGGAACGAACAGAAGCGAGUCGAUUCUCUAGCGCGAAUCAGUUAAGCGUUUCGCGUUUCAUAGUCGAUCAUAUUUAGGUAAUUGUUCGACGGCACUUUUUCCGGACGAUUUGUUUGGGAAAAGUGCGCAACGACCGGACAGGCGCUACGAUUGGUAGCCAGUGUGUUAUAUAUACUUCUUCGAGCGAAUAUUUUGUGGUAGCUUUAAUUCGCGUCUGUCGAUAUUUUACAUGACUAUGUUUGUGAAAA